AUGUCUGGCGGCUACAAGACCGAGAUGCAGGCGGCAGACACUGUGGGGAAGAUGUGGCAUCCCUCUCUGUACAUUGGGUCAAUCCUGGAGAGCCACGAAGAUCGCGUGUCGAUCCUGCCGGACCGCAUCAAGCAGUCGAUGCCAUCGCCCGAGCCAAAGCCUUCGGAGGGUGGCUGGCUCUACCGGGUCCUUGAGCCCUACUACUCCCGGGAGUGCGUCGACAAUGUGAUGGAGGCGAUGAUGGGCGGCCAGAUCUCCUCUGGGGCUUCCUGGCCGAGGAAGCUGGCAGCGGAAGUCUGCGAGCUCUACAAGGUGCCGGUGGCCCUACCCACCUCCUCGGGAGCCUCAGCGCUCCACGUGGCUUUGUUGGCCUGCAACCUCGGCCCGCACGACCACGUGCUGGUGCCUGCCUUGACCAUGGUGGCCGUGGCCAACAUGGUGAAGAUGGUGGGCGCCAAGCCGGUCUACUGCGACUCUGCAAAGGGCUCCGUGAACCCGGGCACCGCCGAUCUCCUGAAGAAGGCGACUCCCAGGACCAAGGCAGUGAUCGUGUGCCACACCUACGGCGUGGCCUGCAAGGACAUCGCCGAGAUCGCUGCGUUGUGCAAAGAGAAGGGCUGGUGGCUCAUCGAGGACAUCUGCGAGGCGAUGGGCACGCGCGCCGACACCGGCGAGCUCGUGGGCACCUUCGGGGACUUUGCGGUCACCUCGCUGUAUGCGAACAAGCCCAUCACCGCCGGGGAUGGCGGCUGGGUGCACGCGCGCGAGAAGAAGCACCAUGACCGGCUCAAGUCCUUGAUCAACCAUGGCUUUGAUCCUGCCUACCACUUCCUGCACUUCGAGACGGCGCCCAACGCCAAGAUGAAUGGCCUUGGGGCAGCUUUCGUGUGCUCCCAGGUGAAGAUGCUCCCUUUGCUUAUGCAGCACCGAGGCCGUGUUGCCUCGUGGUACCGGGAGGGUCUCGCCGGCAUCGAUGGCCUCUCCUGCAUUGAGCAGAGGCAAGUGGAUGCCCCCUGGGUUUUCGGCGUCGAGACGCGGGACAGGAAGACCCGGGACGCGCUGCGCGACCACCUAGCGGCCCAGGGCGUCGAGACCAGGAACUACUUCUAUCCUCUGCACCUCGAGCCCGUCAACUUCUACGGGGAUGAUGCCGGCGUUUACGACGUGGAGCUGCCGAACGCGGAGCACUUGGCUCAGGUGGGCUUCUACUUGCCGACGCACUCCUUCCUGGAGCGGGCGGACACGCAGUUCAUCUGCUCCGUCAUCAAGUCCUACUACCAGCCAGAGGCAGCGGUGGAUGAGCCUCCUCGCCAGAAGGGGUGGGCCGACGCGGAGAGAACCAAGAGCUUGCAGCAAUCCAGCCCAGCCAGCUGA